AUGGACCAAAACCGGUCCGACAGCGGCACCAACCAGCAGCAAAACGUCCACCUGCACAUGCACCACGUGUGCAACUGUCAAGGUAGUGUUUAUCCCACAUAUUAUCCCGCAGUUGGUUACCGAAGCCCCGUGCCUCCCCUAGUGUCGUACCCCCCGCCGCCCGUGGCUAGACCGUACCUCCAGCACUACCAGUACACCCAGUUCAAUAUGGGCAGCCAGUACUCCAUGCCAAUCACCCACGUGGCAGCCGCUGGCCCAGUGUACGGCACUACAUCGUCCCCUAGCUCGGACGUGGUGUUUGGGGCACCGCCAAGGGAAAGGAGGGACAAGGGGGAGUCCCAGGAGGGAAACAGUGACGUGGAGAGGAAUAACGAUUCUUCCGUUUACGAUUAUGGCCAAAUCACGCCCCCUGCCAGCGAGCUUUUGCUGACGGAUAACGCUGAGAACGCUUCUCCAGAGAACUUCGUGAAGUUCCUGGAACGCAGCUGCUUAACAGCUGAACAGAUCGCCUACCGCAACCGCAACCGGCCCUGCUUCCGCAACAUCCAGAACCUCUGCAUCCGCACCAGGUCCGAGAUCCUGAAACCCUGCACCACCGUCUCCAACAUACACUCGCAGGGCAUCCCCUGGGCCACCAAAGAUUUCAUAUACGCCUUCGUCCGCCUCACCAACUGCUGGCACAUCCUCAAGGGUUACUGGGAGAACAGGGACGGUUCCAGCUUGGGCAAAAUCGAGAAGGAACUGACACCGGAGUUCAGGGCUUGCUACGUCCGGUGGGAGAAGGAGACCAUAGAUCUGGCCGCUCAGCUGACCAGGGUGUUCUACAAUCUGGACACCAACCUGGUUUCCCCGCAGGUGAAUAUAUUGAAGACCCCUACAGUCGAGAAUACCUCCAAGAAAAUGUCCCCCAGCGAGAGCAUCAACGCCGCGACGCUGACCAACUUAUCUGUGCCGACCCCCUCGAAGAAUGUCAGGGGGAUCAUCCACCUACCCUCGGCCCCCAUCACGGAGACCGUGGACCAGGCGAACCAGACCUACUCGGGCGACUUCUGCACCUCCAAGGAGGAAGGCUACGACUCCGAGGAAGAGCGUCGGGUCUACAUGAAGCCUGGUAGUUACAGCGUGCCCAAGAAGGAAGGCAACGAGGCCGGCGCCAACGGCAGUCCCAGGGCAAUCGAGUUCCUGGAGACGGCCCAGAACAUCAACAAGGCCCAGACGGCCAACGACCGCUACUGGGCCAACGUGAACGUGGGGAGCGGCUGCAAGAAGCCGAGCGAGACCAAAAUCGGUCAGGAACGCUCCGAGUCGGAUCUGGAGCUGAACCUCUCCAGCCACCUCAACGUGCACGAGUGGCUGCUGAGCAGCGACUUCUCCGACUUCGGGGAGCCGUCGCCGAUGUCGGCGCCCGCCGCCCAGGACCUGCGGCAGUUCUUCGUCGACCCCGCCGCCAUGUACGACGCCCUGCCCCAGCUGGACUCGGACCCCCAGAAGCCGUCGGCCCCCUCCUCCAUCACGGUGCUGCAGCGCGGCAAGGCCGGAGGGAGGGGCGGCGACAAGGGGGGCGCCGUGAACGGACGGGUGCAAGGUGAGGAGUCGGGCUUUGGCGGGUGCGCCGGUGACAGUGACCCUUUUACAGAGAUCGCCUCGAGGACGUACAGGAAGGGCUCGAGGAAGGGCGCGGGGAUGUACGAGAGCCCCGAGGACGGGAUCACCAGCGCGGGGACGGUGAUCCUGGAGAAGCUGCUGAUGGACCUGAAGAAUUACGACGUCCUGGAGGGGCUCGACGCCGCGGACAAGAAUUACUACUCGCCCAUCAUCGACAUAGACACGAUCAUAGAAAAGGUGAAGAACGAAGAGUAUAUCUACAUUAACGAAGUUGUGAGGGACCUCAAGUACCUCAUCAACUAUUACACGGUUUUCGCACAGCACUUCAACAACGUGGACAACAAGAAGAUGGAGCUGGUGGUUUUCAUCACGGAGAUGUUCUCCCUGAAGCUGCGCGACUUCCUGCAGGAGAGCUUCCCCGGGUACGACUUCGGCGACGUGAAGGGGGACCUGCACCAGGCCGCGGGGCCCCUCAAGGCGAAGCUGGCCAAGUUCAGCGGCGACGGGGACCAGUUCUUGUGA